CCUCCCUAUCUCGGCACGACACUAUGCUACUACUACCUCUCUACUUCUACUACUACUACUUUCUACUACUACUACUACUACCACUCAAAACUCCGAUUGUUCGGCAACCCCCGUAAAGUCGCAGCCAAAGUCGUUGUCCAAAAAAAGAAUGGUGCAGCAGCUAAUCUACGUAAGGAAGUGAUCCGCAACAAGAUUAGAGCCAUUGGCAAGAUGGCGCGUGUCUUCUCCGUCCUGAGAGAGGAGAGCGAGAGCGUGCUGCAGUUGAAGGGCUUGACGCCGACCGGAGCCCUGCCGCUCGGUGCAUUAUCCGGCGGCAAGACCUCCCUGAAAAAUGCUCUCCAAGGCUUCUCGCCGAAUCACAAAAUCACCACAUUCGCCGAGGCCAAGGGCUUAGACGCCAUAAACGAAAGAAUGCCACCGAGGAAGGACGCACCGCCCACGCCGGUGAACGUCGAGGAGAAGCCCGUGACAAAACCGCCGCCUCCUGCGGGAGACAAGCGGGACCACAACACGCCGCAACCGCAAUCGUGAGCCCCAUACUCGUCCAAUCAAGAUGGCGUGGACGGGUCCUAAAGAUCCCCGGCGCUAUCGCCACCGCCACCACCACCACCACCACCGAACAUUGCGAAAACAUUACUCGUCUCUUCCCCCGGCUGUUACAACUAGCGCGCUAUUCAUCGAGUCAGGAGAAGCCGUCGCCGUCGCAAGAGGAAGAUCAGGAGCGAACGAACGGACGGGCGGGAGCGGAGCGCGAUCUCUCGUCGUCGAUACAACGUUUUUCCAACACCGAGCGUGAUCAGCCGCGCGAAAGAAGAAAACCGAAGAGAAGGAGCCGCGCACGAUCGAUAUAUAUACACACACACGUACACACAUAUGCACACACACAUACAUACACACACACACACGACACACAUACACGUCCAGCCGGGCGUUUUAGCGGAACUCCUCUCCUCCGAAGAUCUGCCUCCGUCUCUUUUCGCGAGCAGAACGAAAAACGUUUGUUUAGCGCCUCCUUUCUGCGAUGAACCGCGCUACGUCCUCCGAUCUCUCUCUCU